UUAAAUACAUGAACAUGAAAAGUGCAAAGGGAAAAGAAAACUGUACAGACAAAAUUAAUAAAAAUUGUUUGGAAAAAAGUAAUCAGACUCUGAACUUCAAAAGUAAAACUACGAUGAAUCAUCCAACAAAGCAGAAAAUUAAAAGGAAAAACUAUUCUCUAGAAAGUCUCCAGUAUGCGAUAGAAGCAUUGAAAAAUGGAGCAUCUCUUAGGAAAGCUGCAAAGGCAUUUGGAGUCCCCGUGGUUACAUUGCACAGAAGGAAAAACAAUCCUAAUAUUACAAACUCAAGACGUAUUCCAACGAAUGUUUUUACAAAAGCCGAAGAGGCAAACAUAGUAAAUUGGAUUACAUAUAGAGCAGAAAGAGGGUAUCCAGUGACAAAACCGGAUUUAUUGGAUGGCAUUAAAAAUUAUGUUGAAUUAAUGAAAAAACGAACACCAUUUGUUGAGAAUCGUCCUGGACGCCAUUGGUACGAAGCCUUUAAAAGGCGUCAUCCGGAGCUCACUAUUAGAACUGAUCAACAUUUAUUUUUAACUAGAGCUGCAGUUACAAGAGAGGAUGUGAUGGAAUGGUUUGCACAAAUAGGAAACUAUUUAAGUACUAAAGGUUUAAUGAAUAUUUCUCCUGACAGAGUGUUCAAUUGCGAUGAAACUAGCAUGUUAUUAUGCCCUGACUCUGAAAAAGUGUUGACAACAAGAGACGUUAAGGCAGCUUAUAAAGUGAGUGACGAUAGAAAAGAAAAUCUCACAAUUUUAUUUACUUAUAGUGCAGCAGGCACACGUGUCCCCCCAAUGCUUACGUUUGCACAUGCAGGAAAAGUACCAAAAGCGAUUAUCGAAAAUACUCCAAAAGAUUGGGGCAUAGGUGUAUCCGAGAAUGGAUGUAUGACUGCUGAGACUUUCUACGAGUAUAUCACAAAUGUGUUUUAUCCGUGGCUUUUAAAGAAGAAGACAGAAUUUCCUGUAAUAUUAUAUUUAGAUAAUCAUUCGUCGCAUGUGAACAUUCCUCUUGCACAGUUUUGUCGAGAGAAGCAGAUUGAAAUUAUUGCUUUACAUCCAAAUUCAACACAUGUAAUGCAACCAUUAGCAUAUAUAUAUACUAUACAUAUACCAAUAGAUAUAGCAUAUUUUCAUCCGUUCAAAGAAACAUGUAAAAGAACUGUGCCAGAAAGGGAAAACACAACUAUUAUUGUACAAUUAAAGAAAGAAAAUUUUCCAAAAGUUUUGCAAAUGGCGUUAGAUAGUAUGAAAGAUGAAAAGACCAUUAUAGUAAAUGGAUUUAAGGCUGCUGGGCUAGUGCCAUUCGAUAGUAAUGCCAUAGAUUAUGAUGUUCUACAAAAAAGAAAAUAUAUUCUAAAAACAACGGAAACUGAAGAUAAAACGCAAAUUCCAGACAAACCUAUAGAAAAUGAAGAACAGUUUGUGCAACUCUUUGAAAAGAAUAUUCCUGUAGAAUUAUUGCAAGCAUUUCAAGAAGCUCUGGAAAAUGGAGUAUGGAAUGGAGACGUUGAAAAAAAAGGACUUUUCGAGUACUGGCUUCAGAUUAAGAAGAAAUCACUUAGUAUAGCUCAA